AUGAGCAGUUCAGUGUCCAACUCCGCCGCCGUUUCUGGUGGCGCCACCGGUAGAAAUGGACUCCCAGAUUACCUUCAAAGUGUGAAGCUUAAGUAUGUGAAACUUGGGUACCAUUACUUGAUGACCCACUUUUGUAAACUCUGUUUAGUCCCUUUAAUGGCCAUUCUGUUCGUUCAAGCAUCACAAAUGAACUAUGAAGAUGUAUACAAUAUUUAUCUCCAUCUCCAGUGUAAUCUUGUUCUCGUCAUUGUUUUUUGUACUAUACUUGUAUUCGGAGUCACCGUCUACAUCCUGACCCGACCCCGACCCGUUUACCUCGUGGAUUACGCCUGUUAUCGUCCUCCCGAUCACCUUCAAGUAAAAUUCAACCGGUUCAUGGAACACUCCAAACUGACAGGUGAUUUUGAUGAAUCCUCUCUCGAGUUUCAGCGCAAAAUCUUGGAACGGUCCGGUCUUGGGGAAGAAACUUAUGUGCCGGAGGCAAUGCAUUAUAUUCCACCGCGGCCCACCAUGGAGGCGGCGCGUGAGGAAGCUAAACAGGUCAUGUUUGGCGCACUCGACAAUCUUUUCAAAUCCACUGGCGUAAAGCCCAAGGACAUUGGCAUUCUUGUAGUGAAUUGCAGCUUGUUCAAUCCAACCCCUUCACUUUCUGCAAUGAUCAUCAAUAACUAUAAAUUACGAGGGAAUAUACGGAGCUUUAACUUAGGUGGAAUGGGCUGCAGUGCUGGAGUUAUCGCCAUUGAUCUUGCUAAAGACAUGCUUCAAGUUCAUAGAAAUACAUACGCAGUCGUUGUGAGUACUGAAAACAUUACGCAGAAUUGGUACUUCGGGAACAAGAAGUCAAUGUUAAUCCCCAAUUGCUUGUUCCGGGUAGGUGGAGCAGCAAUUUUGCUGUCAAACAAACAAUCAGAGAAGAAAAGGGCGAAAUACAAGCUUGUUCAUGUUGUAAGAACGCACAAAGGAGCAGACGAUACAGCCUUCAAAUGUGUGUAUCAAGAACAAGACAAAAAGGGUAAAACUGGAGUCUCAUUAUCAAAAGAUUUGAUGGCAAUUGCUGGAAAUGCAUUAAAAACAAACAUCACAACAUUAGGUCCACUUGUUCUUCCAAUCAGUGAACAAUUCCUCUUUUUUAUAACCCUAAUUGCACGAAAAUUCUUCAAUCCCAAAAUUAAACCCUACAUACCUGAUUUCAAACUCGCCUUCGAUCAUUUCUGCAUACACGCUGGCGGGCGGGCAGUGAUUGAUGAACUGGAGAAGAAUUUGCAGCUCGAUCCAGUUCACGUGGAGGCUUCUCGAAUGACUCUGCACAGAUUUGGUAAUACUUCAUCGAGUUCGAUUUGGUAUGAAUUGGCGUAUAUCGAGGCAAAACGGAGGAUCCGAAGAGGGCAUCGGAUUUGGCAAAUUGCAUUUGGAAGUGGGUUUAAGUGUAAUAGUGCAGUUUGGCAAGCGAUGAGGAACUCGGAGCUUUCUCCAUGGAGUCCUUGGUAUGAUUGCAUUGACAAAUAUCCAGUCCAGAUAGCCAACUGA